AUGUCGUCCACGGAGUUGUCGGCUACGGACCUGCAGUCGAUCCUGCAGUUCACCAUCUCUCUUACUCGCUCUGCCGGUGAGAUCAUCUUGCAAGGCUCGCAAGCGAUUCUCUCAUCAGGCAAUGUCAACGAGCAGAAAAAUCCGGUUGAUCUAGUGACCGAGUACAACGUGAAGGUCGAAAGCUUUAUCGGAGAAGAGUCGUACGCCGCUGGGGCUCGGCCUUUUUUGACUGAUGAAGCGACUUUCUGCGUUAACCCAAUCGGUGCGUUUGUGCGGCUCUCCACACUUCAUGUGCGUACAAGUUCGAAUGCUAUGGUAAAUAGGACAACAAAUUUCACUCCUGUGCUUGGUGUAAUCUACAACCCAUUUCUCGGCCGGUUGUAUGCCGGCGUACUAAAGGGUCAGAGAUCGUACCUCGUGCAUGGCAAACGUGCACCGGUGAAGCUGCCGAUUGCUAAGCCACGACCUCUGCCGUCUCUCUCUCAAGCUCUCAUUGGUGCCGAACGGGGUUCCGAUCACUCUGAGGACGUUAUCCGCACCAAGGGCGACUCCUUCAAGAGACUCGCAGGAAAUCCUGCAAAAGUCGUGAAAGGAGCCAAAUGGCACUGACUGUGCUUAGGCUCAUUCACGAUAGGGCUGAUAUUCUGAUGUCUGCCUGAUAUCAUUCAUCAAUGGACAUUCCUUUCAAAAUCCUCUUCUCGUGUACCAUUAUCUCUAGUUGCUGUUGAACUCUUUGCUGACCCUCUUGUUGGCUUUGAUUGUCAUCCUUGGGAUUUUUGACCAAGCAGUCCUCGUCCUUUCUCCGAGUGGAUCUAUCACAAACUUAGGAUGCAGAGCGCCGACUAAGC